AUGGCCUCAGUUGCCACGGACAGCACUGCGCCGCCAGCAGGCGAAACGAAUCAAUCCAAACCCUCAUACCCUACCUAUAACUUCAGCUUCACACCCUUCCUGCGCUCGAACGGCCUUGCCGCCCUUGCAUCAACGGUACCUGUGUGUCCCGACUACGCCUCGACGGGCCAUUGUCCGCGUGGGCGACGUUGUCCCGAUCGCCAUCCCACGCGCGAUGAUUCUUCGCAGCACCACUACGGUCGUAACAACGACAACUACGUCUGCAAGCAUUGGCUCAAGGGCCUGUGUAAGAAAGGUGACGCGUGCGACUAUCUCCACGAGUAUAAUUUGCGGAAGAUGAGCGAAUGUCAGUUCUUCAACCAGAACGGGUAUUGCCAGAACGGCGACGAGUGUCUAUACGUCCAUGUCAAGGAAGAUUCGAAGUUGCCCCUUUGCGAAGACUAUAACAGAGGAUUCUGCGAAAAGGGCCCCAGAUGUGGGAAGAGGCAUGUGAGGAGGAAGCUGUGCGAGUUCUAUCUUGCUGGCUUUUGCCCAGAUGGCAGAGAUUGUAAACAUGGUGUUCAUCUUAAGAGCGGUGGCGCCGUGGCAGACAAGGGGGGCGAAACUCAGCGUCGGGACAGACUACCAGACCUGGACAAGAAGGAGGACGACUCGCGUAAAGAAUUCGGCUGGAGAGGCGGCAGGGGUGGGAAAGGCGGUCGAUGGAGGAACAAGAGGGACAGAAGAUGA